CAAAGAAGUGCAGCACAACUAAUAACUGUUCCUCUGGGUUUUGACCAUCUUCCCUCACUCUGAACGUGUGUCAACAACAACAGCGACAACAACAUCACUUGCAUGAUUAUUGAUGACAUCGCAGAUUCCCUCACGUAUCCAAGUGCCUCUCGACUGUUGAAAGAUCAACGCAUAGGCGCACUCUUCAGAAGUCUACCUCAAGUUUUUCCUGGUUUGGUAACUUGGGCUCUUUUCUUCGGGAGGCGGGAGUGUUUUUUUUUUUUAUCUCCCUGGACGCUGGUUCUUGUCUAGUCCAGUGGCUACCCUAUCAAGGCUAACCUUCCACGAAUUGGAAUACAGGGCAUUUUUACUCAUAAUUUCUCCCAGUGGUCAAGCUCCAUCGUCGGCAGCUCCCGGUUCUCCUCUCUGGCGGGAGGUUAGUUGAAGGCGUAGGGUUGUGGAGGUAUGACUGCGUUGGCAGGGGCAAUACCAAGGAUGAUGCGCCCCAUGCUGGCUCAGAACUACCCACACAGUGGCUUCCCACUGGAAGUCUCAACCCCGUUAGGCCAAGGCAGAAUGAACCAGCUCGGGGGAGUUUUCAUAAAUGGCAGACCUUUGCCCAACCAUAUCCGCCAUAAGAUCGUCGAAAUGGCCCACCAUGGCAUCAGGCCAUGCGUAAUCUCCCGUCAGCUUCGCGUCUCUCACGGUUGCGUUUCCAAAAUCCUCUGCCGGUACCAGGAGACCGGCUCCAUCCGACCCGGGGCCAUCGGAGGAAGCAAACCCAAGCAGGGGACGACACCUGAUGUUGAGAAGAGAAUAGAGGAGUACAAGCGGGACAACCCGGGUAUGUUUAGCUGGGAGAUUCGGGAUAAAUUACUGAUGGAUGGGAUAUGUGACCGGAACACCGUUCCAUCAGUGAGCUCUAUCAGUCGCAUCAUGAGGAGUAAAUUCGGAGGGAAGGGAGAUGACGAUGAUGAUGAAGAUGAAAUCGAGAAAAAGGAAUUAGAAGAACACGAACGGCGGGCCAAACACAGCAUCGAGGGCAUCUUAGGAGACCGAUCGAGCCACUCAGAUGAGGGGUCGGACGUGGAGUCUGAACCGGACCUGCCUCUGAAGAGGAAGCAGCGCCGCAGUAGAACCACCUUCACGGCCGAACAGCUGGAUGAGCUGGAGAGAGCCUUCGAACGAACACACUACCCUGACAUCUACACCAGGGAAGAGCUGGCUCAGAGGGCCAAACUCACGGAGGCCAGAGUACAGGUGUGGUUCAGUAACAGAAGAGCCCGCUGGAGGAAGCAGGCUGGAGCUAGUCAGCUCAUGGCCUUCAAUCACCUGAUCCCUGGGGGUUUCCCGCCCUCUGCCAUGUCCAGUCUCUCACCUUAUCAGUUGUCUGACAGCCCGUAUCCCCCUACAUCCAUAUCACAAGCGGUGUCGGAGCAGGCCAGCACCCUGCAUCGGCCCCAGCCCCUGCCCCCCUCCUCAGGCCAUCACCAGAGCUCAGGUGGGGGAGGGCAGGAUGUGGGGUCGGCCUACUGCCUGGCCUCUGGACGCCACGGCUUCUCAGGCUACUCUGACAACUUUGUCACGUCAGGAGGCCCUCCCAACUCCCAGAACCCUACCAACGGCAAUGGCCUCUCCUCCCAGGUGAUGGGUCUGUUGAACCCAGGCGGGGUGCCCCACCAGCCCCAGAGUGACUACGCCCUCUCCCCCCUGACAGGAGGCCUGGAGCCCCCCGGGGGCAUGGGGGCCAGCUGCUCCCAGCGUCUGGAGCACCUCAAGGGUCUGGAGGGCCUGUCCAGUGUCCCCAACAUCCCCAGUCUCCCCUCGCUGCCCAACUCCCAGUCCUACUGCCAUUCCUCCUACAGCGCUCCUGCCUACAGCGUGGACCCUGUGGCCUCCUACCAGUAUGGGCAGUACCAUGGACAAAGUAAGGUGCCCUUCAUUAUCUGAGACCUGAGAUCACCUGAGGAUCUGCCCAUCUAAGAACUCCCCCCCCCCCCACCUCCACCUCUGGCCCAGCCCAGUCUCCACCUCCGGCCCAGCCCAGUCUCCACCUCCACCUCUGGCCCAACCCAGUCUCCACCUCUGGCCCAACCCAGUCUCCACCUCCACCUCCGGCCCAGCCCAGCCCAGUCUCCACCUCCACCUCCGGCACAACCCAGUCUCCACCUCCACCUCCGGCCCAACCCAGCCCAGUCUCCACAUCCAUCUCCAGCACAACCCAGUCUCCACCUCCACCUCCGGCCCAGCCCAGCCCAGUCUCCACCUCCACCUCCGGCCCAGCCCAGCCCAGUCUCCACCUCCACCUCCGGCACAACCCAGUCUCCACCUCCACCUCCGGCCCAGCCCAGCCCAGUCUCCACAUCCAUCUCCGGCACAACCCAGUCUCCACCUCCACCUCCGGCCCAGCCCAGCCAAGUCUCCACCUCCACCUCCGGCCCAGCCCAGCCCAGUCUCCACCUCUGGCCCAGUCCAGUCUCCACCUCUGGCCCAACCCAGUCUCCACCUCUACCUCCGGCACAACCCAGUCUCCACCUCCAGCCCAGUCUCCUCCUCCAGCCAAGCCCAGUCACCUCCUCCAGCCAAGCCCAGUCUCCUCCUCCGGCCAAGCCCAGUCUCCAACUCCGGCCCAGCCCAGUCUCCAACUCCGGCCCAGCCCAGUCUCCACCUCCACCUCCAGCCUAGUCUCGGUUGAGGGACGUGUGUACUAUACUGUAUAUGUUGAAACUGAGGGGGCUCUUCAAGUAAUCAGGACCAAAAGCUUCCUCCACCAUCCCUGGCUACUUAUUUCCUCACCCAUACACUUCCACUCAACAAUGAUCUGUUCCUUCAGGCUUGAUGAAAGUAAUGGAAGAGAGACUAAAGUUAAAGGACAUUGAUAGAGUAAUUUAAGGCCAAAACAAUGAAACACAAGAACUUAGAUUAAUGUCUGUUGAUGGCUGACAGAGAUGCCACUGGGUACAUUCCCUUGGCUGUGAUGUGGUCUACCCCACAUUGUGCGCCAACUAUGACCAGGAAAACCGUGGAAGACUAAUCCAAACCCACAGCACAGCCCAGGAGUGGAGGCCCGGUUGGGGUAAAACAUCCUUAAGUCGGGCCUGUGGAAGAGCACAACCAGACUGUAUAGUAACAGACUCACUAGUGGCUUUAGAGCUGUGAACCUGUUUACAUGUUUGUCGUAGGGCCAAAGGAAUACAGAUUCAUUCGAUUUAUCUCUGAAUGAAAGCUACUUGAGGGAAAAAAUAACAGACUUUUAUUUGACGUUGCAUUUAUUUGAUAUGUUUUGUUCCAGAAGAUUCCUUCCCACACAAAGAGUGAAAUGAACACAACAUUCCAGCCAUAGACUGAGGAACAAACAAACAAACAAACAAGGAAAUGUGUAGAAAAUAAACAUGUCAAUCAAAGAAAGAGGAAGCUUUGAGACAUCAUCAUAAACAGACCUGUAAUAUAUACUACAGCUGUUCCUUCCCUUCGUUAUGUUAAAUGCUCAGUGUUCUAAAACAUUCCAUUGAACUCUCGCUGUGUUCUGUUGAUAACUCUGAUCUCUUGUAGCUUUAGAAGUAUUCCUAGGGGUCAGGGGUGACUUCGGGGAAAGUCCCAGGUGAAGGAGGAGGAGAAAGGAGGGGGGAUUCAGGGAUUCUGAUGGGCGACAGGGCUGAUCCAUCAAGGGGUGCAGUCCCCCUCAUAGAGGCCUAUUAGGGCAUGAGACCCACGACCAAGAGUCACAUGAGAAACCAGGACCACCUCACCACAGACCAACCCAGCUGACCAGAAGUGCAAUAUCAUGUACCUCAGAGUCAACGAUGCCAUCAAACAUGAAACAAAAAGAUCUUGUGUCUUAAGAACUUUCUGUAAAACAUUUGAAUCAUGUUUGAAUCAUUGGUUAUUACAUGUGCCUACGUAGGCUUCGAGGUCCAAAACAAAGAAACAACAACAUCGUCAGUACGGCUAUGACAGCAAAGCCACAGGGAAAGGUGGGAUGCACAUUGUGAACCAUUGAAGUCAUUCCAAGCCCAUGUGGAGCAGAUUGAUUCAAGGACAAAAAAGAAGUCAACAAAAAAAAUGUAUGAAAAAAUUAUUUCAUAAUUUUUUUUGCUUGUGUCUUUUUGUUUCUCUUGUUGCACCGAAAGAUCAAUAGUGUGGUGUUUUACGUCAUUUCCUUAUUUAUUCUCUCUAAAGUAUCUAAACAAUUCUGCAACAUUAUUCUUAAACUUUCUGCAAUGUUUUAGUCAAAUUACUACAUCACAUACCUUAUAGGAACACUGUGUCCGUCUGUUCACUAAAUGGUAGCUGGAUGUCUCAACAGAUCAAAGGUUGCCACAAGCACUCAGCUCUCAAUUGUACAUUUGUCUGUAACAGAAAGAAAAGUGUUUUUUCUUUCCAAUGGUUUCUUUAAUUUUUAUAUAUUUUUUGUAUUAUUUGACACAAUGUUAUGGCGCAAUGUCUUGUGUACAAGCUCAGUAUUAUUACUAUUUAUAAUAAAAAAUGAAAAUACAA